GGCGAAAUACUUUUCUUUCUUCCUUCUCUUCAUAAUGGACACCGCUACGACGUCAGAUUCAACAGUGGGAAAGCAAGAAAUCAAUGAGAAGCCGUCAUGGAAGAAGGCCAUUGCUUCCCGACUACUGAUUCAUCCAUCUAUCGAUGAAGAUCCUCGCCUGAAGACUUCAAGACAAAAAUCCUUAAUUUUAUUGUGCUUGUGCCUUGGCUCAUGUCUACCCGGUCUAUCGAGUACAUUAUACUUCCCAGCCAUCCCGGUCAUGACCGAGGACCUCAAAGCACCAGCGGUGGCUGUCACCUUGACCACCAGUUUGUUCGUCCUGUUCAUGGGUAUCGCCCCCAUCUUCUGGGCUGUCUUAGCAGAUCACUACAAAAUUCGACGAAUCCUUAUUUUGGCCUCUUUGGUCAUUUUUAUUGGAGCUUCAUUAGGAUGUGCUCUUGUCAGUAAUGUAUGGGGUCUGGUUGUCCUUCGAUGCCUUCAAAGCACUGGUGCCUCAUGUACAUCUUCGGUUGGUGCCGGAACUAUAACAGACAUGUAUGCUAUUACGGAACGUGGUCGAGCCUUUGGAUUUUUCUUCUUUGGAAACUUUUUUGGCCCACUCGUUGGUCCAAUCAUUGGUGGAUUCCUGUCCUUGAGUUCUCAAAGUUGGAGAGCUACUUUCUGGUUUUCAGUUGCUUUUGGAUGCUUUGGAUUCCUCGUUGUUUUCUUCUUUUUGCCCGAGACUUAUCGCGACGAUGCUAAGUGGGAUGCUGUAUCCAACGACAUGGACGAGAAGGUGGAAAAAGCUGAGACAGAUAACAACGGUGACCAAGCUGAUCUUGAAGCCACUACCGUUCAGAAGCGCAAGUCUAUCAAUGUCUUUGCUCCUGUUCGAGCACUUUUCCAUCCUUUUGUUUUCCUUGCUUCCUUCAUGACUGCUGUUGCUUUCGGAGGCAUGUUUGCUGUCGAAACUAUCAUUCCUACAAUAUACGACGAAAAGUUUGGACUCAACACAUGGCAAACAGGCUUGUCAUAUUUGGGUGCUGGUGUCGGUAACUUUAUGGGUACCUUGAUUGGAGGUAAAUUAUCUGAUGCCCUGUUGAUCCGAUCUCGACGACUUCGCGGUGGUGCUGCUCUUCUGGAAGAUCGUCUCACUGCCAACUUGUGGCCUGCUGGCUUCUUUUUCGUUCCUCUUGGUGUUUUGAUGUUCGGAUGGAUCGGUGAAUACGGGAUCAGUGUUUGGGGAUGUAUCGUUGGCUUCGGUAUUCAAUGCUUUGGUAUGAGUCAAGUGUUCUCUGCUGGAAGCGCAUAUCUUGUUGAUGCUACACCUGGUCGUGGAGCAUCCAUCACUGCUGGUGCCAAUUUCCUUCGCAUGCUGUUAGCGUGUAUCCUCUCUCUCGUAGCCACGCCAAUGUUGAAUACCCUUGGACCUGGAUAUGUUGGUGUUCUCUUUGCCGCCCUUAUGGUUCUAGCUAUGUGCUUAGCCGUACUCCUCAAGCUUAAGGGAGAAGCUAUUAGAAAGAUCAGUGGCUUCUAAAUCAUAUCCAAUCAGCACUAAUAGCUUACAUCACUCUUGCACUAUAUACACACCACUUUCUGCACUUUUAAUAUGUACAUCAGACUAGAAAGAACAUUUUUCAAUAAUAGACUCAAAGCUUGACUAACUCUCAUAACGCAAAAU